CCCGCAGCAUGUCUCGGAGGAAGAUCUCGUCCGAGUCCUUCAGCUCGCUCGGCUCCGACUGCCUGGAGACCAGCCCCGAGGAGGGCGAGUGCCCCCUGUCCCGGCUCUGCUGGGACGGUGGCCGGAGCCCCCCCGCGCCGCCCGCGCCCGCCGCCGCUGCCGCCACGGCCGGGGCCCGCAGGGCGCAGCGCCGGAGGCGGGUCAACCUGGACUCGCUGGGCGAGAGCGUCAGCCGCCUGACGGCGCCCUCGCCUCAGACGAUACAGCAAACUCUCAAGAGGACAUUGCAGUAUUAUGAGCACCAAGUUAUUGGUUAUAGGGAUGCAGAAAAGAAUUUCCACAAUAUUUCUAACAGAUGCUCCUAUGCAGACCACACCAACAAAGAGGAAAUUGAAGAUGUCUCAGGAAUUCUUCAGUGUACUGCUAAUAUACUCGGUUUGAAGUUUGAGGAAAUCCAAGCAAGAUUUGGUGAGGAGUUCUUUAACAUAUGCUUCGAUGAGAAUGAGAGAGUCCUUCGAGCUGUAGGUGGCACAUUACAGGACUUUUUUAACGGCUUUGAUGCUUUGUUGGAACACAUUAGAACUUCUUUUGGAAAGCAGGCUGCCCUGGAGUCACCGUCCUUCCUAUGCAGAGAGCUCCCUGACGGCGCUCUCAAGCUCCACUACUUCCACCCUCACCGCGUGGUGGGGCUGGCGAUGCUGGGGAUGAUUAAGGCCGCAGGAAAGAAGAUCUAUCGGCUGGAUGUGGAGGUGGAACAGGUUGCGAAUGAGCAGCUGUGCUCUGCUGGUUCAAACCCAGGCAACUGUAGCUGUCUUACCUUCCUUAUCAAGGAAUGUGAAAAUACUAAUAGCACGAAGAACCUUCCACAGGGAACCUCCCAGGUUCCUGCAGACCUCAGAAUUAGCAUCAACACCUUCUGCAGAGCUUUCCCUUUCCACUUGAUGUUUGACCCCCACAUGUCAGUCCUUCAGCUGGGGGAGGGCCUACGGAAGCAGCUCCGAUGCGAAACUCACAAAGUGCUCAUGUUUGAGGACUGCUUCGAGAUUGUUUCUCCAAAGGUCAAUGCCACCUUUGAGAGGGUCCUGCUGAGACUGUCCACCCCGUUUGUGAUUAGGACCAAGCCUGAGGCUUCUGGCGCUGAGAAUAAAGACAAGGUGAUGGAAAUCAAGGGACAGAUGAUUCAUGUCCCAGAAUCAAAUUCCAUCUUAUUCUUGGGCUCUCCAUGUGUGGACAAGCUGGAUGAACUCAUGGGCCGAGGGCUGCAUCUCUCUGACAUACCUAUCCACGAUGCCACCCGAGAUGUCAUUUUGGUUGGCGAACAGGCAAAGGCUCAGGAUGGCUUGAAGAAGCGGAUGGAUAAAUUAAAGGCAACUUUAGAAAGAACUCACCAGGCCCUGGAAGAAGAGAAGAAGAAAACAGUGGAUCUUCUAUAUUCCAUUUUCCCUGGCGAUGUAGCCCAGCAGUUAUGGCAAGGGCAGCAAGUGCAGGCCAGAAAGUUUGAUGAUGUCACCAUGCUCUUUUCGGACAUCGUUGGCUUCACGGCCAUCUGUGCCCAGUGCACCCCCAUGCAGGUGAUCAGCAUGCUGAAUGAACUGUACACCAGAUUUGACCACCAGUGUGGAUUCUUGGAUAUUUAUAAGGUGGAGACAAUAGGUGAUGCAUACUGUGUUGCGGCAGGACUCCACAGGAAAAGUCUGUGCCACGCUAAGCCCAUUGCUCUGAUGGCCCUGAAGAUGAUGGAACUUUCGGAAGAGGUGCUGACACCUGAUGGACGACCAAUUCAGAUGAGGAUAGGCAUUCACUCAGGCUCCGUGCUGGCUGGAGUUGUUGGGGUAAGAAUGCCACGAUAUUGCCUGUUUGGAAAUAAUGUCACUCUGGCAAGCAAAUUUGAAUCAGGAAGUCACCCUCGGCGCAUCAAUGUCAGCCCAACAACUUACCAAUUAUUGAAAUGGGAAGAAGGUUUCACAUUCAUUCCUCGGUCCCGUGAAGAGCUUCCAGACAACUUUCCAAAGGAAAUCCCCGGGAUCUGCUAUUUCCUGGAGGUAAGGACUGGUCCUAAGCAGCCAAAGCCUUCUCUUUCUUCAUCAAGAAUAAAGAAGGUUUCCUACCACAUUGGCACCAUGUUCCUCCGGGAGACGAGCCUCUAAGACCUGCUGCAGAUCAAAGACUCCUCCAAAAAGCACAAGCCCAGAACACGGAUCACGACAGGAGAGUGGAAAGAGAUUGCUUCUCUUUCACUGCUUUAUUGAGAACAAGCAGCAGAAUUUCUGUUAUGUCAGGCAAUAAUCCUAGGAAAAGGUGGGUGGUGGCUGUCAAUAAAAAACAUGGAGGGCAGGGGGGAAGUAAGAUGUGUCUAUCCAUAUGAGUGUUUUUGGUCAUAUAUAUAUAUAUUUUAAUGACAAGUAUGGGCCCCCUUUCAAAACUAACCAACAAAUAGACUCUGUGUUUUCUUGUUUGUCACACAUACAGGUAUCUUUCCCUAUAUAUUUGUAUCACUUUUGAGAGCCUGUUUUGAUUAUAUAUUCCUACAUUUAGUGAGUUGGUACAUGAGGAAUAUUUUCUAAUUUUGUUUUUCUGAACAGACAUUUCAUACAUAUAUCAUGGCAGUGUGGUAAACUUCCAAGCAGGAAGAACUGUAACUCAGCAAAAUAUUUUAGGGAUAAUACCUAUUUUUAUACAUAUCUCUUCUUCUUAGAUAAUUACAUUUCACACAACAUUAUUAGAUUUUCAGAAUCUGCUACUGUAUAGUUGGUAUGUUAUGUAACUCUAUCCUAUUAAUUGAAAACAGUUUCACUUACUUAGAGAGAUUAGUGCUUGGACUGAGAAUACAUAUAACCAAGGAUUUCAGAUGCUGAGAAAACAUUGUAUGUCUUCUUAGUAAAUAUAUCUUUUAGAUUUAACUAAUGUAGCAUAGAAUCCAGAGGAAAUGGAAUUUCCUAAUAGCAGAUAUAUCUGUAACCAAGAUUAAGGAAAGGUCUUUUUGCCAUCUUGUAACAAAUAUCAGUUAAAACAAAUGCUUUACUACAUUGGACCCUUUCAAUUUAGCACUUAUAAAUAGAGGUAGUUUUUGCAAUUUACUAAACUGCACUCUAAGAAACAGCAUCAUACUAAAUGAGUUGUUAGUACCCUGUCCUCCCCCUCCAAUCCCCAAUGGAUUGCCUCCUAAAUGCUAUUACCACUUUUCGGAGCAAAUUUCUAGAUACAGGUGUUAGUGAGGAAAAGGCGUAGGACAUUUUGCCAAGCAUGUUGUUUCUUCUUGCAUAAUAAGAAUCAAGGAGAAAGAAAUUGUAUUUUAUGGCUUUGAGAUUUUUAAAAAUGUUCUUCUGCAGUUUGAUUGACGUAGCUUGUAAAUUCAGUGAAUCACCCUCAUGUACACUGAAGAAGGUCUAACUUUCAGACCUAGUAACCAGACAGGCUUCCAAUGCAUGUUCUACUAAAAUGAAGACCUGUUUCCAUUGCUUAACACUGCAUGAAAAAUGCUAUUACAGACUCACCGUGAAAUUAGGAGCACAGUGUGUCCAGAGUUUUUCUAUUUUGGAUCAGAUAUAAAACCUAAGUUUCUGUUGAGAUUAAUGAGCUGGCAGCAUUUAUUUCCUUGAAACCUUGAGGUGGCCAUCUUCUUACUCCAGUAGGUAUACUCAUUGGUAGCUUAUGUCUACUGAAUGCAAUAUAUAUUUUUUUCUGGUCAGGGAUUUUGGCUGCAUUGUGAUUUGGUUAUGACAUAACUCUGCUAAGGAGCACAUUAGCUACCAUCCAGUGUAGUCUGUGAGGCUCAGUUAGUGUUUUUAAGUUCAUGAAAAAGCUAGAAAAAAUUUUGUUUUAAUAGAUAUCCAAAGUAUUUGUUAUAAUGGUUAUAAUUUUUAUAAUUGCUGAACUCCAUUCUUUCCCUGGGACUUAUGAGGACACUUGUGCAACGCUCUUUAUGUGGAGACAGGACCUGGACCCUGAGAUCUUGGAAUCCUUGCCUAACCCUUUCUUCCUUGCAUCUAGGUCUCUGUUUUUUAACCACAUGGGGGCAAGAAGGCCAGGGUGUUUAUGGGAGACUGUGUAGACUGAGGAUAGGGUGCUCUCAUGGAAGUAAUUACAAAGGACUGAGAGGUUAACCCACUUCCUCCAGAGAAUAGAGGGUAGGUUUAUGGUCAGUGUGAACAGAACAUGCUGGGAGCACCUCAGUCCUCAGGCCAAGAAUAGGAAACACCUUUGCUAGGCUGCUGGGCUCCCUAUACAUAUACAUAUCAGCUCACUGAAGUCAUUUAUGCUUCUGCAUAGUAACUCAGAGCUUAUCAUGGUAUAGGAAAUCAGUAAACAUUAUGGUUGUAAACAAUGUGUUUUGUAACCAUAAGGCUAGGAGGGACUUCCAGGAGUCAUCCAAUCUAUUUCUCUGCUUUUUGUAAAAAUUGUCUAAGCAACUAUUCUAAACAUAUGGUUAUUCUCUCUAUACUUAAGAAUAUCUAUGGGAAGCAUAUUUUUAAAAAAUCACUGAAAAUCCAGUUUUUAUUUGGUAAUUGGUAAGAAGCCAGAGACAAGAUCUGUAUAUAUAUCCAAUUUGUCAGAAGAAUAACACACUCUUUUUUAGUUUACAUGAUUUGACUUAGAUAAGAAGUGGCCAUUUGCAUUGCCACACAUGUCACAAUGAAGAAUAAGCCAGAGAUCUAUAUAUAUUACAGACAGGAUGUAAACUACAUUUUUUCAUUCAAUAUAAUCUAAAUGUAUCUUUGGAGCUAUAAACUGAGGCAAUGGUCUAAUAUGUUAUCAUUUUGUCAACCUAGUAUAGUUGAUAUAGUUACACUGUUGCUAUAUGUGUUUGUAAAGGUACUAUACAAGCUGCAGUCACAGAAUUCAGAAGCUGUGAAAAAGCAUUGUGUUUUUAUUUGUCCUACAGAAUACAGUCCACAUACCCUCCACUGGGUAUUGUGACUAUAACAAUGGGUGGUAGUUGGUAUUACAUUUGACUAAUAUCUAUAGAGUAUUCUCAUCUACAAACAAUUACACAUAUGAAUUUUAGCAUGGCAGAUUAAAAGGAAUUUAAAUGGCUGUCCUAUUUGAAAUCAAAUGGUAUUAAUCUGGGAAAAUGGUUUAACCUACUCUAGAAGGGAUACUUUCAAAUAUAAUUUGGCACUUAUUCUCCUCUGUUUUAGUGUUCUUGCAAGCAACUGAUUUAUGAUUAGCCAUCAAUACCAAAGCUUCAUGCUGGCAUCAAUAUCAUUUUGAUGGAGAGAAUGUCAUCAUUUGCAAAUAAAUCAGUUAUCUAAUAAAGUCAGAAACCCCUAAUGUACCUGAAACAUACUGCACAGUAUGCGAUUUGUGAAACUUAAUUAAUAGGUAGCAUUAGCCAUAAUAAAAAGAAUAAUACUCAGUGCCUGGAGAACAAGUAUAGUUGAGUCUCUUGGCUGUAUAGUGUUGUGUGGAGAAGGGAAAGUUGAUAUAGCUUCUAGGUAACAGGUGACCAAGUGGUCUAAAGUCUUCCUUGAUAUUAAUCUCUUCCCAUAUAAUUUAAAUUAUUUUGGGUUUCUUUUUUAAUACCUGACAAUGGGUGAAGCCCAGUGAGCUGGGACCUAUUGUGCCUGAGAUAGGCACUGAUGCCUGGGACUUGAGAGUGCAUCCCUGGGUCCAGCACUUCAUAUGUGACCUGUCAUGAUCUCAUACUUGGUCCUCUUGUCCAGUGACAAUAAACAGUAUCACGAACAUAGUGUUUUAUUGUGAUAGUGCAAAAGUGGGUGCCUCUCCAGGUAAAAUGAAAUAGGAAACAAAUAAAAUCUCAUUCAUUAGUGCAUCAAGUUUUUAAUUUUGAAAAUUCCUCCAAAGAGUUUCAGCAAUAGCAAAAUUAAAUUGAUAAGUACAAAAGGCAAACCACAAAGAAUUUGGAAAACCACCAGACUCUUUGUUUUGUACAAAAUCAUAUUGCCAACAAUUGAAGUAGUGUGUUUGGGGGUGAGAAAUAACAAGAGGGAGAGAAAGUUUAUAACCAUCAAGGAAUAUAUUUCUGGAAGGCUCUUCGAAUUCCUAACUUGCUGAAGAUAGGUGUUGUGGGUCAUCUGGGCAUAAAGUAAAAGUUCUACCCAUAAGUUUCUGUCUUAAAUCAUGCAUUUUGAACCCGACUUAGCCCAGGCUCAGAUGCUCUCUUACUCCAUGCCAUCACUGGAAAUCACUGCACCCCCUCAAGCCUGGCCCCAUCAAACCCCAUCCUGUCUGUGCCUCUGAACCUAACAUGGUCAUGGAGAGAGUGCUGAUGCCUGUUCCAGGCAGAUGGGAGACCAGCACAACUCAGGCCCAAGUAACAGCGCACUUUCAGAGUGAACUAAUGAUUCUCAGUUGUGCCUGGGACAUAACUUACAUCUGCAGGUUCUCCUUCUGCUCUUUCUUCAAAAUACAGUCCUACUCCAAGCUCUUGAUGUAAUGUUACUAAAUGUUCCUUUGGAAUGAAUUAUACAGGAUGUAGGCUUUGGGUGAUACCAGAUGCUUUUCAGCCAACAAUACCUAGAAACUCAAGUCCAAGAACCAAACUCCAUAUUGUAGCCUGGGGUUUAUAAUCUGUUAGAUUAUAGAUCUUCAACUGCAAAAACCAUGCCAUUUCAGAUAUAACCUGGUACCAUGAUACAUGAGGAACUGAAUGGCUGGAGCUUAACAUAUGCCGGUAUGAAUGAUGACUCUUUAUGGGUAGCUCUUGAUAAUAAUAUACUUAAUUCACAAGCAGUAACUUAACAUACACAUAAUUUGUGUUAACAUUUUAUUGCUAAAUGGGUAAAUUGACCCCAGCUGUGGACUCAAUUUCGGGAUCCUCAUAGUGGUGAAUGAAGAACAGACACUGAUUAUAUAUGGAUUAACAUAAUUCUUGUCAGAGCACACUGAGAUAGUGUGCAAAAUUCCUUCCUCACACUUCAUUCAAACAAUUGAAAUCUAAGUAACAUUGUCUUGCCACCUUUAUGUUUCCCUCCCUCUUUUGUUUCUUUCAUUAAAAAAAUAGUCAUUGAUACAUAUAACAGGAAGAAUGACUGCCAAUCUCAUGUUGUAAAAUAGUUUCAGUUAUAUAGUAAGGAAUAUUCUGUCUGUGUGUGUGUGUAUGUGCGUUGAAUGUAGAUAUUACAUGAUUAAAGAAGUGACAUUUUGGAAGGACUUGGGAUGUAGAAAAGUAAGGUUUGUGUCUUUAUUUCUAAUAUGCUGUGACUAGACCACAGCUUCUCUCAGGUGCUUCACUGCCAUCCCAUCUUUGUUAAGAAAUGAUCCCAUUCAAUGAUUCAACUCAUCAGCUUGUCAGUAUCUGGCUGCCUUCAUAAGAAUUACCUAGGAAGCUUUUAUGAAUAUAAAUUACUGGGCUUUUACACUUUAGAGAGUUGGAUUCAGUAGGUCUUAAGUAAGGCCUAGGAAUCUGUAUUUAGAAAAUCACUCUAGGUAAUGCUAAUCUAUGCCAGACUCGGGAAUCACUGAACAGUAUUCAAAUAAUCUCAUUUACUAGGAAUAAAUGCAAGCUGACUGAGAUAGCAAUAUAUUACUUCAUUUGUAGUUAUUUUGAAAAGCUAAAUACUCUGGGCUUCAUGGCAUUCUUUCUUUCACAAGUUUUAAUUUUAGCUUUGAUUUCAAAUUUAUAGUCUGACAUUUGAGCAUGAGUGUUCAAACUUAUUAAAGACUGAAGUCAACACUGAUAAGCAUGAGGGAUGAAUAUUGCUCACUAUAGGGCUAUUAGGCAUACUAGAUACAGUACCAUUUUCUUAGUUACUGCCUGAGUCAUGCAGGAUAUCAUGAUAUUUGCUGAUCCUCACCACUGAGAUAUAAACUAUGAAAUUUUGGACAGAAAAGCAAAUGUUGAUUGACAGUCUUAUUUCUGAAUGCUUUGAUACAAAUGUAUACAUUUAUAUUUAUAUUACAAAAAUCACCAACUUAAUACUUAGUCUCACUCUGUACUUUUCACCCUGAAUUGUACAUUCAUUUAAAAGUGAUUUCCUAGCAAUACCUUAUGACAACCUUUCAAGCAAUAAUUUAAGCCAUGGUGAUGGAUGCCAUAUGAAACUUGUACUUCUGUGUACUUCAUAGAACCUUCAGGAAAAUAGACACAUAAUUUAUAUAAGCAAUAAUACAGCUAGUGUGAACUUUUAAAAGAUAUUUACCAUUCUACUUCAGCAAAAUGAGCAGCAAGUAAUGACUCAUAUAGAAAUUAUCUGAGCAAAUGACAUGCUUAAACUGUAUCAGAAGUUAUUUGUUGGCACACAUGCUAUAAAGUAAUUAAUGAAUUCACAUCAGAUUAUUGGUCAUACAAUUCUUUAAAUAUCUAUCCUAUGUUUUCUAUUCCUCUCGAGAGAUCUGUCUGCAUGUGUGAUUGCCCAGAUUUUCAGAUCUUUGUAGUGUGUAAGGAGUAGUUAAGAAUGAAUAAAUGAGUAAAAGCUGAGCAUAGGGCAGAUGAGUUGAGUACGUAGGCUUUGUGAAAACAUAGACGGGUCUUGAAACAAGCUAACUGUUGGUUUGAUAAGGUCUUAGAAGGUGAAAGAUUAAAGAUAAAAAGUGCUCAUUACUACUGUUUUCCAAUGUUUAUUAAGUAUAAUAGUAUUUUGGCUUCAGGGUAUGAUUGGUUAUAAGUCAUCUAGUAUAAUUAAUAACAUCGGAAAAUGAUUAUGCAGUCAUUGAAAAUAACCUGCCCUUCUCAGCCAUUUUGAUGAUAACACUAAAAAUUGCAGAUUUCAAAAUGAAUAAUUCACAUUUUUAGUCUUACUACUUAAAAUACAAUUUUAACUAAAUGUGGCAUAGCCAAUAAUAAUCAAUCCUUUAAAAGUUAAAUUACUCCUCCAUAAUUUAGAAUAAUAUAUUAAGAUUACAUCUAAAAGCAACUGGUAACCUUAUGUUACAAUGAGGAAAUUCUAAGCAUCAGAUUAUUAUUUAGCAAUGUCAUACAAGUUUAGGAUCCAUUUCUAAACCUCUAAAUAAGAUUACAGCUCCUCUUAUUACCUACCUGGAUAAACUCUCUUCUAAUCACAAAUCUGAACAUACCUGGAAUGGUGGGUGGGCUUGCUAGUAUUUUGCCUUCCUAUUACCCAUAGCAAAAUUUAAAUUAGCACCUACUUACACAUUUAGAGAAUUCCACUAUAAAAAUCAAAUAGGAUUAUUAGUUCACUGAAAAAGUUUUCAACAAUUAUCUUCUUGUAUAUCAUUGGACACUUAGCCCUUAAUAAGUAUGUUUGACUGUAGUAAAUAAUGAAAAAUAUUUAAUUUAAGUGCAUUAAAUUACAGUGAAUUUAUCUUCUGUUAAUUCAUCUAAUUGCUGAUCAGAUAAUUCUUAAUAUUAGACUUAACUACUGUUACUUAUUAUUUGAAAGCAGAAGAGGCAAGAAAAACUAAAUGGCAAACCUAAGUAAUAGCUUGUUCUUGAUUCUUUUGAUAAAUAUUUUAAAAAUAAAGGAAUCAGUUUAUAUUCAGUCAUCCUCUGUGGCCUUUUCACUAUUUGAUGAUAAGGAAAAGAUUCUGCUAAAUAUAUUUUUGUCAUGGUCUAUUGAAUUUAAUUAAAUACAAGUAGGAUAGUAAAGUAUUAAUUGGGGUAAUUGCAGAAAUGUGCAAAAUUGCUUCUUCGUACCAUCUCACUUUUUAAAGACAAUUGCUCCUAUUUUGCUAUACCUGGUAGUUAUACAUCAGAUUCAAGGCACAGAGACAGAUAGAAGGGUGGGCUGGGCAGGAGCUUUAGAUGAGAUUGUGCAAAGACAUUUGAUGUUUUUCUUCAUGAAGGUAUACUCAUAAAGAAGAUGCAGUUUCCAUAACAUACAGGUGUGGUUUAAUGAAAGUCAAACGAUUUAUUUGACUGAUGGUCGUUCUUAUUUUUAAAAGAAAAAAGAAAACAAUCCUUCACAAGCCAUUUUCAGUUUUCUUAGAAGGUAGUGUGAAUCUCUCAGCACCUGCACAUAUCAGUGAAUUUGGGAUUAGAAACUCAGAGCUAUUAAUAGAAACUCUGAAGGUGGCAGAUAGAAGUAGUCUUGGGUACAAUAAUGAAGGUAAAUGAAAGUGUCAGAACAUCUGGACUGAAGGAACAAAGAAGGUCAAAUACCAGCUCUACCGUGUGGCACAGAAAAGCUGGCUAAAAUUAGCACAAAGAACAGACCCUCAGUGUGCAAGUGAUAUUACAACAAACAAUUUUUCCUUUUAUAACAUGCCUGCUGAGCUAACAUUCAUUGAGAAGAAUACAAUUUGAUUCUAAACAUGCCUUGUUUUUUGUUCUGACACUAUAGAACAUGCAUCCUUCCCUAGUUGGGAAAUUUAGUAAAUUGGAUCACAAAGAAUAAGAAAUAUUGAUUCUGUGUCCUAAAAUCUGUAAAAUCAUUUUUGGGCUUAUACUAUAUUCCUUAUUCUUCACAUUUUUUUGUGCUUUGGCUGCUACCAAAACAAGUGCUCUACUUUAGGUGAAUAGAAGCCUUUGUGACCCCAGGCCUGUGCCACUCAUUCAGGGAUGCUCCAGAGAGCUAGAGCUGGGGAGAGGCCCCCCACAGUGCUUGAUGGUAUUCUGUGCCAGAGGUGAAGAUGUAUUCUCAGUCUUCCAAAAUUAAAAGUGGUUAGGUAGUCUUUUAUCAUUAUUCAAAUGUGUUUUACUUACAAAUAACUGGUUAAUUCAAGUUGAGUUUGUUUAGAACAGAAAUUUUUCAAGGAGGAAACAAACAUGCACAAUUUUUAAUUAGGGUUAUAAGAAAAAUAAGGACAAAGAUUCGCUGUCUCAAAAGAGUCAACUUAAUUAUAUCCAACAAUCAGAAUGCCAAGCUUUUUUGAAAAUUUUCAUAUCAAGUUCUUCAGAACUGAGAAAUAAAAAUAAUCUUGUUGGUCGAUUCCUUGAGGUUUUAUCCUCUGGAGAUAACACGUAAUUAUGAAUUAUAUUUAAAUUAUUUUUUCUCCAUGUUCUCCAUUUUUGGCGAAAAGGAAGAUGUAGAAGAUGUCAUAAAUAAGACAAACUUAUGAAUUGUGACAUUGAGCCAGCAUUAGCAAAUCUGUCAACAUUCUUUCUUUUUCUUAAAAUAAUUAACUUUUAAAAAUAACAUAUGGUAAGAGUCAAAUUAGUUUUUCACAUUAGACUACAGAGAAACCAUCUCAAACUCCUCAGAAUAAAAUCUAAGUCAAAGCUAAUUUAUGUUCAAACCAUUUGUACAACAAAUAAAUAUUUCUACAUCACCUUUAAUAAGAAACUAUGCCCAGUUUCCAUACUUAGUAAAGCCUCAAUUUCUAGAACAGUUCUACUUUUAUUGUCUUCCAUGAAGCAUUCCUUUAUGGUCAAUAUCACUAUCUUUAAAGGCUAACAGGAGAAUAUGGCUUUCUUCUGAGGCUGGGGUGAUCUGGAUCAGUGUAUUUAUAUGGAACCACUUAAAAGAUUCCCCUCUUUUAAAAUUUUUUACCUUUUUUAGUUCAAAUCUCUGUCAUUAAAGUCAAGCAAAAUAUUAGAGCAGCCAGAUAGUUUGUCAACAACAUGAAAGCCCAUUCGAAAUUUUAUUAGUAUAAAUUACCCUGUUGAAAUCCAAGCCUAACAUUGACUUGGAGUCUCAGAUAAAUUGCUUUUGUGUUAUUGACUGAAAAGUAUUAUCAAGAAGAAGAAUUUCACUCUUAAGGUAGAUAUCAUUCUAGCCAAGAAGGUCUACAUAACUAAAGACGACUAUAGAAUUGUCAACAGUAAUUCAGGGAGAUUUUUUAAACAAUUCUUUAAUAUUUACUUUGUUGUGCAAAGAUAAUUAUUAGUUGAUGGCAGCCAAAAUUAUUAUUCCUGUCUUUUAAAUUUGUUUUGGGGAUAAAACAGAGCACUUGUAAAAUCCAUCUCUUUCUAUUGUUAUGUAUCUCAAUGGCCUACAAUAAGGGGUACUCAUUGUUUUUUUCUUUUGGUCCUUAAAAACACACUCUUUUUUCUGCCUAAAAUCAUUCUCCUACUAAAAUGCAAGUGAAUACCUGACUGUAGUAGGUAUCCCAUUUUAUGGGCAUACAUUAAAUACUUUAUUAUAUACAACUGGAUUGCAAGAAAGGACACCAAUAGGGAAGAUGAAAAGACACAGAAAAAUCAAACUUGGCCUACACAAUUAAAAUUAUGUCAAUAGCCUGACCCUGUAAACCUAGAAGAAAGCUGAAAAAAAUGGUAAAGCUAACUGAUUAUAAAUUUUUAAACAUAGAAUUCAUAUUUAAUGGAAUGUCAUAAAAUUCAGCACACCAAAACUUUGAUAAAACAAACAAGAAACUGAAGAAAUACAUUAAUCAGAAUGAAUUUAAAGGGACAAAAGGAACUUCUUGCAUUAUAUAUGCCCAACAGCAUGCAAUUCGUUUUCUGUUGGGAAAAUUUGGUACCAUGUGUCCAUUCAACUUUUGCUGUAUGAUCUAAUUAAGCAUUAGUAUUGUCCUUAGGGUAACAAGAAAGUGCAAGAUCCAAAUAUCAAGUGUGACUAUAACUUGAAUAUCUAUAGAGUUUGAUAUUUUUGAGUAGGACUCCUGGUGGAUGUAAAGUGAGUAGUAUACACACACACACACACACACACACAUAUGUAUUAUGUGUAGUAAACUAAUUAGGCCCUUCAAGUUUGUCAACAUCCUCAGGUUUUCCCUUUUUCAUUCUUUUUAUUCUUCCUCUUUCCCUCCCUCCUUCCUGCCUGCCUGCCUUCCUUUCUAGCUCCUAUGAAGGAUGUGAGAAUAGUAUUUAUUACUUUGAGGAUUCCCUUUUUCACUUUCACAUGAUUAAACACUUUGUGGAUUCAUGAGGUAAGGGAAAAAGAACACAAACAUUUAGACAGAGAGCAGUUGGACAGAAAUGACUGAGACAACUGAGACCUUGGCUUCUAAAGGCUUCAUGAGUCUGAAAAAUACGUAUGUUGUUCUUUUUCACUGUAUUUAAACACCUUCUCAAGAAGUAUCCAGGUCAACCUUUUUUGGGUUAUUUUCUAUUUUUUUGCCCCUACAAACAUCUUCAUUUAGAAAAGUCCUCUUAUUUUCAAAUAGUAAAUUUUUACUUGGAUACCACACUGCUAAAGAUUGAAAUAGUAGAGUAGUUUCUUCUAUUUGUAAGGAAAUUGUUUUCUAAAAACUACUUCCCAAAAAGAUGAAUACACCAAAUGCUACUUGAUUUUACUGCCUCUAUCUAGAGAUAACUGAUGCACUGUCUUGCUUCCUAUAUACCCCUCUGUAACUCAGUUUGAUAAAGCAUGGUGUUUGGGGUUCUUUUUUGAGGGUUUGAAAACAUUUGCCAUCAAUUUUAUAAGUCUACUGUAGUGAAAAAGCAAUAUACAAUGUAUUCCAUAUUUCUUAGCUCUAUGUCUUUGAGAUUUUAGCAUAUAUGCAAGUAGCUAUUUAUAACCACAAUUUUGACUUAUUCACCAGAAUUAACAAAUUACCAUGUUCUAAAGUACAAAAAGACACAGGUUGCAUCAUUUUAUGAUAUAUCAAGGGAACAAUCAUUUACAAAUCCCAAUCCAAAGAUUUUUUAUUUCUCUUUUCAUGGAACAUUCAAUCAUUUCUAGCAGAGUACUCAAUUCCUAAGGAAAAAGAAGUAAAAUACCUUAUCUAAAAGAGCAAAAAUGAUGAACACAGGAGAUUAUGUCCUUCGUUUAGGUACCCCCAACACUAUAAUUUAAACAAGUCUUGAACAAGAUUUAAGGAAUCGUUAACCUCUAAAAUGGAAAGGUUUUUUUUCAUUUUUUGAAGUUAGUAUAUUAAUAUUACAUUCAAACUUCUUAAUGAGGUGAUGCCAUGACCAGUUUGUGUUCCUUAACAGAAAAUCAUAUAAUACAGCUUUUUUCUCUCUGGAAAGAUAAGCUUCAGUAAGUCAAAUACCUUUGAAUUUUGGUUCUAUUUGGACUUCUUUGCUAUACACCUCAAGGGUCUACUAUUCUAACAGAUCAGGUAGUCAAAGGAAGAGGUAUUAAAAAUUCAGAAAAUUAAAAGCUUCUAUGCUAAUCAGCUUUUAUUUAUUUUGCACUGACUAACUUAUUUUGAAAUUGUGAACAAACAGGCAGCUAUCAUAUAAAUUGACACCUGUGAAAGUACAAGUUUCUUUCUUCCUGUGAUGUUCAGUGUUAAGAAAGCCUUUGUCUUGAAAUGAUAGACAAUCUUAAUACUUGUUCAGAUGAAGAAAUAUGACCUUCAGUACUUCAACCACUUUUAUCUCUUGAAACAUUUUAAAUAAUGAAUGUAAAACCAGAAGAAAUCCGGUUAAGAAAAACAGAAGCAAUUAAGAUGGAAUUUGAACAUCUGAGAUUCAUUGUCCCAUUUCCUCCAUUUCAUUGUCUCCUGCUGACUUGAUAUCUGAAGCCCAGGUUGACAGAAUGUACAAGCUACUAAUCUUUGUCUCCCUGAAGAAUUCUGAGAUAAGCAAAAAUUGCUUUAUGUAGAAACUGAUCCACAUUAUCAUGACAGGUUACGAUUACUAGCAUGUCAGGUUCAGUUCAAAUAUAAAAAAUGGUCCCUGGAGAGAAACACUUUGUGAUUUCUUUUUUUGGAAUUGGAUGAACAGUUUUUUCUUUAUUAAAAAAAAAGAAAAACUUCCUGACAGUUUUGCCUUGGAAAAACUCUGAAGUUUUAUAACAGCUGCCUGUAACUACAUUAUAACUCUAGUAUCCAAGUGACAUUAUGCUUUUAAAAUGUACCAAUUAAGUGCAUUCCAGAAAUAAUACAUAUCAUUCUUCAUUUCAAAAUUGACCUACCUGAAUUCUGACUCUUCAACUGUGAGUAGCCAUUUACAAAACCAAAGGGUCUCAUUUCCCAAACAGUACUUUAGAUAAAACACUUGCCUGCUCAUUUCAAUGCAUAAGGUAAGCAGCCAGUGCAUUGCCAUCAAUAAUUCUGGCACUAUAUGAUAAUAAAUAGGUUUUCCAACUUAAUGAAAACACAUAAUGUGCUAGGCCUUUGUUGUUUCCUCUGCAUGGGGUAGGUUUUACAUAACCAGAUGCCUGAAUUAUUUUAAUGUUUUGACCAAUUCAUUUGCUGUAAUUUCAUGGGUCUAAGUUUUGGUUUGGCUUGCAAUUGUAAAUAAUAUUGUACAUCUGCUGUUUUGCUAUCCAGUUUUGCUUUGUGAGUCAUUUCUUUUAAAAAUCUAGUUAUCACAAACUUAAAUCACAAUGUCAUCAAAUAAUACCAGGUAAAUAUACUAAUAUAUUUGUAGGGCAUGGUUAAAUUACUUAUAUUUUGACAUGUCAAGCUAUUUUUUUUUAAAGAUGAAUGCAUCUCUUAAACCUGAACCAUUAAUUUAAAAGUUUCAUUUGAUGUUUCAUAUUAUAUUUUAAAAUAGUUUCCUUUAUCCAGUAGCACAAGUUUAGAAAAUCUUCCUGAUUGAAGGUAAAAUAUGCCUCAUUUCACUAGAAAUUUAAGAAUACUAGUACAUGUAAAGUUUGUGAGCACUUAUAUGAUUAUAAACAACCACUGUAUCUUUGCUUUUCAUGUAACACCACUUUUUAUUCAUUUAUGUUUAUUUGUAAUUAUUUGAAGUCAUGGACAAUGUAAAUAGCAUGUUUCAUUAUGAAAAAUGUCUUUGUAUUUACAGACUGCAGAACAAGGUAAACUUGUAUAUGAAAAAUGAUUGAUGAAAACCUGGGAUUCUUAUAGAACAAAUUGGAAAUGACAGUUGUGUGUUAUAUUUACAUAAUUCAUUACAAAACUACCUGUUUAAUUCAUGCAUUUAUUUACCUUAUAAGUCCAAAUUGUCACUUAUCAAAUAUUUAAAUCAAUAAAUGAUACCAGAAAAUAUGAA